UCUGUCUCUCUUUCUGUGUGUUACUCUCUCUCUCUCUCUCUCUGUCUGAGAGUUUUGAGAGAGCUGAGUUGAGUUGCUUCAGAACUGCUGGACUCUAUGAAGGACAUACAGCCCAGAACUACAACAGAACAGCACAAACUUGGACUUCAGAGCUCUAGAACCUGAUCUGAGAACCUGCAAGAACAAACCUGAAGCCCUGAAGCUCAGACGGAACCACCCACCGACCCACCCACCCACCCCCACUGUCUGGACCUGCUCUGGAGUUUGCUGGAGUUUAAACUGGACUGCGAUGGCCGGAGUGAGGGGAUGCCUAUGGUCCUCCUGGAACUAGAACUGGAAGUGGAACCGGAUCAUCUCUGGUAUUCCUCUCUGUAGCUUUUGGAGGGAUUCAGGAUUCAGGAGUUAAAGGAGGAGCUGAAAAGCUUAAAAUAAUCUUGAAAAGAUGGAGGAGGGAUACGAACUGGACCUGACCUACGUGACGGAGCGCAUCAUCGCCGUAUCCUUCCCUCAGAGCUGCUCGGAGGAGACCUACCUGCACAAUCUGAAGGACGUCACGCGCAUGCUCAAGUCCAAACACGCUGAUAACUAUUUGGUGAUUAACCUGUCUGAAAAGAGACAUGACCUCACCAGGAUGAACCCUAAGACGCUGGACACAGGCUGGCCGGAUCUUCACGCUCCUCCACUGGACAAGAUCUGCACCAUCUGUAAGGCCAUGGAGAACUGGCUGAACGCUGACCCCCUGCACGUCGUCGUCAUUCACUGCAGGGGAGGAAAAGGCAGGAUUGGAGUGGUCAUCUGUUCAUUUGUGCAUUUCACAGACAUCUCCGCCAGUGCGGACCAGGCGCUGGACCGCUUUGCUAUGAGGAAGUUUUAUGAUGAUAAAGUGUCUGCUCUGAUGACUCCCUCUCAGAAAAGGUACGUGUGGAUUCUGAACAGUCUCCUCAGCGGCUCCAUGAAGAUGAACGCCUCUCCGCUGUUCCUGCACUGCAUCAUCCUCCACGGCAUCCCCAACUUCGACAACUCCGGAGUGUGCCGACCCUUCAUAAAGGUGUACCAGGCGAUGCAGGCGGUGUAUUAUUCAGGAGUCUAUCAAAUCGGACCCGGUCAUCGUCACAAGGUCUGCAUCGUGUUGGAGCCGGCACAGCUGCUGAAGGGAGACAUAAUGGUGAAGUGUUUCCAUAAGAGCAGCCCGUCUCAGCGAGAGAUCAUCUUCAGGCUGCAGUUCCACACGGGCGCUGUGCAGGACUACAGCCUCAUGUUCGAGAAGGAGGACAUGGAGCACGCCAACAAAGAUCCCAGAUUUCCAGAUUAUGGGAAAGUGGAACUAGUGUUCUCUGAGGGUCCAGAGCGAAUACAAGGAGCUGAACUCUGGCAGAACGGAGCGGACGUCUCUGUAGACUACAGCUCCACUGAAUCUCUCACCAGAUGGGAUUCUUACCAAGAUCUCUGCAAUGGUGAAGCUCAACCCUUGCAGCCCCAGGUAACCACCCUGGACAAAUUCUCCCCUAAACGCAGCCAGGGCGGCAGUGUCACCCUCGGCCGAUCCGCCCGCACCACCUCCGUGACUUCCAGUCCCGAGCACAGUGACCACGGCCUGUCAGCCAGCAGCGACUCGGGCCUCUCCAGCACUUCCUUGUGGACAGAACGUGGCCCAGCAGUUGGUGGAAAGUCUGCAGGACCGAGCCGACAAGAAAAAGCAGAGUUGACUCGCCUGCUCAGCGGUUUUGGGAUAGAUGAGCCUCCAACAGACAAUGGUAUGGAGCCAAACUCGACCUCUCAGGGAGUGCUCCACCACCCGGUAGUCCAUGCAAAUGGAAACGUCCGUCCCAAAGACCGGGAAACGGACAUUCUGGACGAUGAAGUCCUGAUAUCCGGUCACGACUUGCGCAGUGUGGACAGUUUGGGCACUCUUUCCUCAUCGUACCACAAGAGCAGCCAAAAUUCCCUCUUGUCUGAUGGUUUCUAUAGUCCAGGGGGUGUUGAAGACACCUCAAACCAUGCCCCAGUGGCCAUGGAAGAAUAUGAGCGAGCCUAUGCCGAGGCACGGAGGAACUGCCUCGCCAAGAGGACCGUAUCCCUUCCAGUCACCACUACCUCCACCAACUCAGUAUCCAGUGGUCAGCAGUUCCGGCAAGGAAGCUACUCCACCCAGACCUGGGUUCGACAGCAGCAGAUGGUAGCAGCUCCUCAUUACUCCUAUCUGCCUGAGGAAGGUGGAGUUGAGGAGACCUUCCACGGGGAAAAGCAAGAGAUUCUACCCAAAAUGAACAACAACGAUCAAGCAGUGACCAGCAGCAACACUUCUGAUCUGAAAGUAUCUCCCAAACAAGACAAUGAGAAAAGUCGAGACGAGGAGUUUAACUUGCUCACGGUGGACAUCGACAACUCCAUUGACCAGCUUAACCAGCUCAUCCUGGACCUGGACCCUACUUUCGUGCCUAUCCCGACCCGGACGAGCUCAGUCAAAAGAAACGGGGGACCAGCGACCACAACCCGUAACAACAAUGGGUUGACCCUCAGGCUCAAUGAGAACAGCAGGAACCAGCAGCCAGCGGUGGCUUCUACAGGUGAGGAUUUGAGGUCUCUGAGUCGUCAGGGUGGUGAGGUGGGUGAUCACUCAGCUCUGAUUGGACGAUCAGCAGCCUGGGAGGUGGAGCAGGAGUUCGGGGACAGACUGACCUACACCCACAGCAUGACCCCACCACAGCGCCCUCCUCUGUACAGAGGGGACAGUGUGGAGUACAGGGACCCCGGCACUGGGAUGGACACUGGAGUGGACACAGGAAGUGACAUCAUUCCUCAGACACCUGCCUUCCCCAUCUCACCCCCGACGCCUUAUGUCAAGAACAUGCCUGAACUCUCCCACUUCACUCAGACUACAACUCCCAGCAUGCCCGUGUUCGGGGCCUUCAGGACAGAGCAUGAUAUGCGAGCGUUUGCUGAUAUUAUGGGGCAUGAUGAAGGCAUGGUGAACAGCUCCCACAGACCCUUCACUCGCUCCAGCACUACAGGAGGAAUGAUCACCGUCACAGACAGCUCAUCUCAGUCUUCCUGUUCGGAGGGGGCUUUAUUAAGUCGUCACUUCUCCAUCAACACCCAGCGCUCAGGUACAGUGGUGAACUUCACCCAGAACUCGCCCCCCAACCACCACCCACACCCCCACCCACACCCACAUCCGGCCCCCAACGCCCACAGUUCCCCCCGGGGCAGCCAGAGGACCAGGGCGGCCCAGUACUCCCUGAGCCGAAGCCCCGUCCUGAGCGAGCCGGAGGGUUUCUCGCCCCCGUCCGGACCCUCGGCGUUCGUCCCGGAGGUGGACGGCCUGAGCUACCAGUUCCAGCAGCCCCCCCUCCCCGAGAAGCGCAGGACGUCCGACUGCGAGCGAUCCCUGGGCUCCACCUCCCCGGCACCCAGCGGCUUCUCCAGCCCCCAUAGCGGGAGCUCCCUCAGCAUACCCUUCCCCAACGUCCUGCCAGAACUGCAGGGCAGGACCAGCGCCGGACCCCCAUCCCCACUGCCAGAUGUACUUUCAAGCAAGCAGGUAACAGUGAAGUUUGUCCAGGACACCUCAAAAUACUGGUACAAACCAGAUAUCUCCAGGGAUCAAGCCAUCGCCGUGCUGAAGGACAAAGCUCCAGGCUGCUUCAUUGUUCGGGACAGCCACUCCUUCAGAGGCGCUUACGGAUUGGCCAUGAAGGUGGCCACGCCCCCUCUCUCAGUCCUGCAGCAGAGUAAGAAGGGAGGAGAUUUGUCCAAUGAGCUUGUGCGCCAUUUCCUCAUUGAGUGUACACCCAAAGGAGUUCGGCUGAAGGGAUGUCCCAAUGAGCCCUACUUUGGCAGUCUAACAGCACUGGUGUACCAGCACUCCAUCACUCCACUGGCUCUGCCCUGCAAACUCAUCAUUCCAGACAGAGAUCCUCUAGAGGACGCUGUGGAGACGCCCUCACAGUCCAUCACCAACUCUGCAGCUGAGCUUCUGAAGCAGGGAGCAGCGUGUAACGUGUGGUUUCUGGGAUCAGUGGAGAUGGAGUCUCUGACUGGGUUCCAGGCUGUGCAGAAAGCCACCUCAGACGUCCUGAGCCUGGAGGCUCCGCCCACUCCCACCGUCGUCCACUUUAAAGUGUCCUCACAGGGCAUCACACUCACAGACAACCAGAGAAAGCUGUUCUUCAGACGACACUAUGCUGUUAACACUGUUAUAUUCUGCGCUCUGGACCCUCAGGAGAGGAAAUGGAAGAGGGAUGGAUAUCCUUCUGCUAAGAUCUUUGGUUUCGUGGCCAGGAAGACGGGCACUGCCAUGGACAACGUGUGCCACCUGUUUGCCGAGCACGACCCCGAACAGCCGGCCAGCGCCAUCGUCAACUUCGUCUCAAAAGUGAUGAUCGGCUCCCAGAAGAACGGCUGAUCAUCUUCACACAGCGCCACCUACAGUCGUCUACAGACGAAAUGAACCAACGCGUGCCUUGCUGUGGAACAGCCACGCCACUGCUGCUCAACAAGUGAUGACAUCACAGAGUGUGUGUGCCAUGGAAACGCUCAUUUGCCUCCUUAGCGAUGACCUCACUGUACACUAACUUUCAUUUAUCUUCUGAGUGAUGACACUCCCAAGUGAUGAUGACAUCACUAUUCAGAAACUCUUUUGAUUUUUAAGUGAUGACAUCACAACGCUUCCCCCACAAAGACUCGUCUGAUUUCCAAAUUAUGAUGACAUUGCAAUUCAUCAUCAUCAUCAUAUGAUGAUCACACAUUUGCCUCCAAUAUAGUGACAUCACAACGUAGCCAUGUGACACAAACACUUAUCUGAUGCUUAAAUGAUGUCAUCAUAAUGCAUGUAUGAUAUGUUAUGACAUUGCAGUGCAUCAUAUGAGUUCUCUAAAAGGAUGACAUCACAGUGAACGUCCCAUGAACCUUCUUCUAUUGACUUUUAAACAAUGGCAUCAUGACAACGCAUGUCGUAUUAAUCUUAAUUUUACUCCACAGUUAUGACAUCAGAGAUGACACACAAAUGAUGACAUCAUACAUCAUGUGAUUGUUCAUUUGAAUGGAUUGGCUCAUGAACACUCUCUCAUCUGAUUCUUACAUGAUAACAUCAAAAUACGUGAUGACCAUAAACACUCAUCUGAAUCUUACACUAUGACAUCAGAAUAGAUGUCGGAUAAACUCUCAUCAUGCUCAAACAUUAUGACAUCACAAUGCUUGCCCAAUAAACUCUUACUCAUCUGAUUCUUACGUAAUGGCAUCAAAAUAAAUUUUCGAUAAAUUUUCAUCAUGCUUCGAAAUGAUGACAUCACUCACCUGAUUUUUACGUGAUGACAUCCGAAUAGAUGUCUGAUAAACUCUCUUUGUGCUACAAAAAAAUAACAUCACAGUGCUUGUCCCAUGAACACUCAUUUGAAUUGCUGAUGACAUCAUGAUUUUGGUCACAUGACUCUAAGCUGCCACUAUUUUAAAAGGAAGGACUUUUUUGCGCUGGAGCUGCUUUUCUUUUGCGAACUUCGCAGAGGAAUGGAAUGGGAACCAAUGGGAAUAGAACUGGGCGUGUCAUGUAUAUGUAAAUGUAAAUGUGUGUACUUCUAUGUAACCAAACUGUAUUUAUUGUUUUAUUUUCCAAAAAUUACUUUUUGUCUUGAGUAUUCGAUACUGUAUGUUUUCUAUAUGUAAACAUGUGGCCUGGUGAAAUUCAGAUGAUGUUGUCUGAGUAUGAGGGGGCGGGGUAAUUAAGUAACUGUUAUUAAGCUGUUCUGUAGCUUUUAUUUGAUUUUAUAUUUUACUACUGACUACCUAUAUAUGAAUCACAAUCAUAAACUCACAGCGGGGCCAAUUCAUGAAUAGGUUUAUAUUUUGGAAAUAUUUUUAUGUUUAUGGGUUCAUUAAGGGCUUUUUGUAUUUGCCAAUACCUUUAUUUUUUCUAACAACACCAAAAAUCCACCUUAAAAAGCUGUUAAAGCUUUAGAUAGAUGUAUGUAUUGUAUAUGCAGCUGGUAGUCUAUAGAUUUUUCAUGAUGAAUUUAAAUUUUAUUCUCUUUUUCUGUUGUUUUUUGUAUUAAAUCAGGAUCAAAGUAAUGUGUAUUAAACAUUGUAUUAUGAGAAACAGUAAAGUAAACAGUGUAGCUCAGUUCGUAGCUGAGUCUAUGCAAUAUCUGCUUCAGAAGCUCAGCACAGCUUUAUAAGAAAACCUUAACAUUUAUACGGAGCCCUUCUGAUAACACUCUGCAUAAAUUAUAAAUAACUUAUGGCCACCAGAUAUUACCACAUGGGAACAAGAUAAAUAAGUCAUGGCCACAACUAAGCAAGUCAUGGAAUUGAGAAAAUCAAAUCAUGGCCACAACUUAGUAAGGCAUGGAAUUGAGAGAAUUAAUUCAUGGCCACAAUUUAGUACGGCAUCGGCAUUUAAAUAUUAAGUCAUGGCCACAACUUGUCAUGGCCACAAAGUGUGUGCACAAUACAGUAAGGUGUUGAAACAAGAUAAUUCAGUCAUAGCCACAACUUAGUAAGGCACAGGACUGAGAGAAUGGCCACAACUUAGUCAUGGCCUCAACGUAGUAAGGUGUGGGCACAAUAUAGUAAUCAGAGACACAAUUAAAUUUAAUCAUGGCCACAACUUAGUAAGGCAUAAAAUUAUGAUAAUCAAAUCAUGGCCACAACUUAGUAAGAAAAUAAAUGUAAAUAAUUAAAUUAUGGCCACAAAUUAGUAAGGCAUUGGCACAACAAUAUAUACCAUGGGAAUGAAAUAAUUAAGACAUGGUCACAACAUAGUAAGGUGUGGGAAUAAGAUUAAUGAAUUCAUAGAUGCAACUUACUGAGACAUGAGCAUGACAAGAUAUAGCAUGAGCAUAAAAUUGAGAUAAUUAAUUCAUGGCCCCAACUUAGUAAGGUAUGGGCAUGACAUAGUAAGGUAUGAGAAGGAGAUAAUUAAAUCAUGGCUGCAACUUAGUAAGGAAUGGAAUUAAAACAAUUAAAUCAUGGCCACAACUUAGUAAGACAUGGGCACGACAAGGUAUAGUAUGGGAAUGAAAUAAUUAAGUGAUGGUCUCAAUUUAGCAAGGUGUGGGCACAACACAGUACGUUUAUGGUAAAUAAUAUACUUAAAUCAUGGCCACAACUUGAAAUGGUAUGGGAAACAAUAUAGUUAACUAAUGGCCACAAUUUUUUAAGAUAUAAAAACAAGAUUUUGUUACUUAUCUCUGGUCAUUACCUAAUUUUCUCAAUCUCAUGCUGUACUAUGUGGUGGCCACCACUAAUUUUGAUUCAUGUGGGAUGGCAUCAGCAGGGCUCUGUGGAUUACAGUGCCAAGUUUAUGUAUAUAAUAUUUGGACCAAUCAAAUGAUUUAAAGAAUAGUCUGUGCUGAUUGGCCGGAGACUGUUACAUCUAUCUUUUUUAAAAUGUGUAUUUUUCUAUGUAAACUAUAAUAUAUUUCACAGCUCACUGAUUUUACGCUAGAUACAUGACUGAGCUGAGCGGUACAGAAAUCUGCCUUUAUUUCUGGAAAUUCUGUGUUUUUGAGUAAUUUUUUUAACAGGCAGCCUGACGUUGUAUUAGGAAAUGUUUUGUAAUCAAACUAUUGAUAAAGGAAUAUAUCUGAA